AUGGCUCCAUAUGAUGCAGGCACGGAUAUGGUUCGAGCAAUGUGUGCAGCUGCUUGGAUUAUGUUCUUUUUAAUUUUUAAGAACAUUGUAUUACUCAGUAUAUUAGCUUUCCAACGAAGAAAAAAUGCUAUUUAUAAAAUACCUGAAGAUGUAAACACAUUUGGUGCUGGACAACAACAACAACAAGUAAUUGAUGACUGGAGUUUAGCUGGACGUAUUCAACGUGUACUAGCUAAUGAUGCAGAAUAUAUGCCGUAUUUUUUAGCAUUGCUGGUCUUUACAUUUUGUGCAAUGGAAUUCACUAGUCAAUAUAGUCAACAUUUUCUAGCACGAGUUCUAGUCUAUGGUAUUUCAUUUACUGUAGGUCGUUAUAUUCAUACAAUAGGCUAUUUAAUUGGAAAUACAUAUGGACGUAUACUUGGCUUUUUGAUUACCGUUAUUGUUCUUUUUGUAACAUCUCUUGAUCAUGUCUACUAUAUAACUAAAGGACUACAUAAUCUUAAACCUAAUCCUUAA